CCAAAAAUGUAGGCAUGUAUUACAGUAUCAGCACUUGACUGCGGUGCAUACGACCAGGCUUACGCACCACCAAGCUACCAUCCACUGCAUCCCUUACCACCACAAGCACACACUCCCAAUAAAUUAACCUCAAACACCACCUUCCAAACUCACAUCAAUUACUUAAUCUUCUUCUUCGUCGCCGUCGUCUUCUUGUUGUUGUUGUUGGUGAUUAAUUAGCAAAACUGAAUUUAUGGCGGAAGGUGUUAACAAGAAGCCGUUGAUGCUAGUCGCAGUGGACGACAGCGAUCAUAGCUUUUACGCGUUGGAGUGGACUUUGGAUCAUUUAUUUGCUCAGGGCACCAACCAUCCUUUCAAGCUCGUCAUUGUUCAUGCUAGGGCUUCUCCCUCAUCUGCACUCGGCGUCGCCGGAUUCGGGUCUGGGGAGUUUAUAACUUCCUUGGAGUCGGAUAUGAAGAAAAUAUCUAGUAAGACUGUGCAGAAGGCCAAGGACUUUUGCACCAGUAAAAAGGUGGAAAAUGUGGAAGUGGAGGUAAUGGAAGGUGAUCCAAGAAAUGUUAUGUGCGACGCUGUGGAUAAACAUCAUGCCUCCCUUUUGGUUCUUGGCAGUCAUGGUUAUGGAAUCGUAAAGAGGGCGGUUCUGGGAAGUGUAAGCGACUAUUGUGCCCAUCACGCAAAGUGCUCCGUGAUGAUUGUGAAGAAACCCGCCAAGCAUUAAGCCAUUUCUUUCAGCAUUACAUAUAAAUAAGAAAAGCUAUUCGGCUCUAAGAAUAGUGAUACUGAUAGGCCAUAUUAUUUGGACUUCAAUUUUUAGGGUAAUUGAAUGACGAAUUGCAGUUUGUUUUGUAACCAUCUAUUGUUGGAUUAUGUUGCAUAAUAUUGCGCUAUAUCUCACAUUGCGGAUGAAUUUUUGCAA